UUUUAAUAGUUAAAUAAAACCCUCUCUACUAAAAUAAUCCCCAAUCACUCCCAAAUUACACUCUCACCUCCUCUCUUUCUUCCUCAAACCCCAACUGAGUUUUUGCAAAAAUGAAGGAAGUGAAAUACCCAGACCUAUUAGCCCAAAUUAUCAAGUAUUGCGAACCUCGUCCCUCUGCUGAGGAAGAAUUACAAAACUGCCCUCUUAUUCAUGAGUACGAGAAAUCUCCAGAAUCCUCACCGUCGUUAAAAUUAACGUCGUCAGAGCCCACCGGAAUACUCAUGUUAUCUCUUCCAUCUUCUGAUUCCGUUAGCCAAAGUUCCCCUCACGAUAACGAAGAAUUCGAAACCCCGCCGGAGCACAACAACUCCAACUCUCAGCCCUAUUUUUCCGGCUCCGAUGAACUGAAACCGAGUACGAGUACUGCAGCCGUUGAUUUUCAACAUAACGAUGAUGAUACUGAUGCUGUUAAUCAUGAUAACUCGGCGGCUGUAGAUUUGGGAAAUGAUUCUGAUGACCUAGGGUUUGAGGGGCGAAUGCUGAAGAGGAUUAGGGUUUCUGAUGAGGAUUUGGAUGUGAAGAGUUCAGUUCGGAGAUUAGAUGAAAAAGGACCGAUUAUGAUUGAAAUUGAUCAGACUCAGGAUGUUGAUACUGAGGUAGUGAUAGAAUGUGAGGAAAAUGUGAAAGUUAAUGAGCGUGGAAUUGAGGGAAAUGCGGAUUCUUCUACUGUGAAAAUGUCUGAGAGAGGUGAGGAGGAGGGAGAUAGAGGAGAAAAGCGUGAAAAUGGUGAAAGAGGUGUAGAUGACAAUGAGAAGUUGAAUGGUGUUGGCUAUGUUGAAAUGCAUUUGAAUGGGAUGAAGGAUGGUAUUAGCCGUGGUGAUGGUGGUGGAAGAGGUGUGGAGAGUAUGAAUUUAGAUGAGAAUGAUAAGUUGAAUGGUGUUUGCGCCAAGGAAAUGCAUUCGAAUGGGAUAACAGAAAGUGUUGGUGCUGGUGUUAGUGGUUGUGGAGGUGUUGAGGGAAGACGUGAAUUGCCAUUAUCAAUGAGGGGAGGAGACAAGGAUGUUGGAUUGGUGGAAGAAGUUGGGAGGAGAAUAGUCAAGAAUACAAGGUUUAAGGAUCUAGUGGAAACUUUCUCUAUGGUGGUAGGGGAUGUUAGUGGUGGUGACAAGAAUGUUGAUUUCUUUGAGACUGCCAAGGCCCGCGGUUUGAGUUUUCCUCGGCCUAGAUGGUGGCCACUGGAGGGAUUUUCUGAUUGAUUCAAUAUUCAGGGAAGUACAACUUUUGGGGAGAUUUGGCGUUUGUUAAUGUACAAAGUUUUUAAGAGUUCAGGAAAUAGAAGGGUUAUCCCUAACUGCUUAUUUGAUCGCUAAUUGUCUGUUGAUGGUUCAGAUAGAGGUGUCAUGGUAAUGCUGGAUUGGUGGUAUGUCAACCAUAUGCAAGAAGAGAUCUUUGAAGUGUUUGAUCACCAGCAGAUGGAGGUUUUGUACUGCUUUCUCUUUCUGAGAUGAUGUUGUAGUUGUACAGAUUCAUUAAUUUGGUAACCUUGAAGUAGAUACUUAUAGAACUUGUUCCUUUCUUUUAUGAAGAACUGGCGUUGCUUAUCAAAAUGGUUUAGCAAA